AUGGCUGCGCCAAACUACUCCAUUCUGCCAGUUGAGGAGGCCGAUCUCCCCUUCCUCGCCAAAUUCGUCCACGCCUCGAAGCUCCGUCUCAGCAUCAACCGGCUUUUAUUCGAAGAUUGGCCGAAUGAAACUAUUCAAAUGAAAAUGUACACUGAUGCUGUAACUUCCGUAUUCAAAGACCCUAACACAGAGUGUUUCAAGGCGGUCGACACCGACUCGAACGAAAUUAUCGGUUACUUUGUCCUAGCUCGCAAGCGACCGGCACAGAAGUUACCAGAAUAUGAACUCGGUGCAAAUCCCGACCAAGAGACUCCAGAGGGAAUGAAUCCUUCCUUGUUUGUUGAGGUUAUGAUUGCAUCGGCGGAAAUUGCGAAGGCGACCGAAAACAUGGACUUUUUUCACUUGAUUUAUAUCUGUGUGGAGCCGCGGGUUCAGAGACACGGAGUUGGAGCGAAGUUAGUUCAGCUUGGCUUUGAUCGCGCAAAGGCGGAAAAUAUCCCUUUCGCUCUCGGCGCGGAGGCACCAUCCCAUGGGUUUUAUGUGAAGUUAGGAUUUAAGGAGACUACACAUGCGGAUAUUGAUCUCGCAAAGUACGCUUCUGCACAUAGCGGGUUCGGAGUUUUCAGAUUGAAUGGAAUGAUCUGGUAUCCUCACCACUAG